CUUUGGAGGGGUUGUCGUCGAGCCCUUUUUGGGUUUGGGCCGUCUCGGGCUGUUUGGCUUGUUUGGCUUCCCCGGCUUAGCUCUGGACACGCUUCGAAGCUCCUGUAGAGCUCUUGGUAUAUACACCUGUUGGCCGACACGACCGGUCGAUGGAGGCCAGCAGAUUUUGUGUUUAGGAGUCUGUAUUCUGCAAGGCCUCAGCAUCUGCUGCUUGGACCUUGAGUGUGAUCAUGGCGCGCAGUCUACAUGCGGCCCCUAGAUGGGCGCUGUUGCUUUCCCUAGUGAUACUGCUUAGCUGUCUUAUCAGCCCCGGAGCCGCUGUCAAGCACGAAAACUUCAAGAAAUGUGACCAAUCGGGUUUCUGUAAGCGGAAUAGAGCCUACGCGGACGAUGUUUACGCCAAGGGCUCCUCUUGGUCGUCGCCCUAUGAGCUCGAUUCGAAUUCCAUCCAAUUCAAGGACGGUCAGUUGCAAGGUGUCAUUCUGAAGACCGUGUCUGCGGGUGAGAAGGUCCGGCUACCUCUCACUGUUUCCUUCCUCGAGUCUGGUGUCGCUCGCGUUGUUGUAGAUGAGGAGAAGAGGACCAAGGGAGACAUCGAGCUCCGUCACGAGAGCAAAGCGCGCAAGCAGCGAUACAACGAGGCCGGUAAAUGGGCGUUGGUCGGUGGACUGGAGCUGAGCAAGUCCGCUUCAUUGGACCCGGAAACAGAAGCUGGUGUCACCAAGGUCCUCUACGGCCCCGAGCAAAAGUUCCAAGCCAUCAUUCGCCAUGCACCCUUUGAGGUGGACUUCCAGCGAGAUGGUGAAACACACGUGAAGUUCAAUGACCGCGGUUACCUGAAUGUUGAGCACUGGAGAGCAAAGGUCGAUGAACCGAAAGAGGAUCAGGCUGAGGACCAGAGUACUUGGUGGGAGGAGUCUUUUGGCGGCAACACCGAUUCGAAACCAAAAGGCCCAGAGAGUGUGGGACUUGACAUCACGUUCCCUGGCUAUGUGCAUGUUUUUGGAAUUCCAGAACAUGCUGAUUCUCUCUCCUUGAAGGAGACCAGGGGUGGUUCUGGAAACCAUGAUGAGCCUUAUCGGUUGUAUAACAGCGAUGUCUUCGAGUAUGAACUCAACAGCCCAAUGACUCUUUACGGUGCGAUUCCGUUCAUGCAGGCACAUCGCAAGGACUCCACGGUCGGUGUAUUCUGGCUCAAUGCCGCAGAGACAUGGGUGGAUAUCGUCAAAUCGAAGACGUCUGCCAAUCCUCUCUCGCUGGGCGUGGGCGCUAAAACGACGACCCAGACCCAUUGGUUUUCCGAGUCUGGUCAGCUCGAUGUAUUUGUCUUCCUGGGUCCCACACCGCAGGAUCUGAGCAAGACCUACGGAGAGCUCACGGGAUACACUCAGCUGCCUCAGCAGUUCGCCAUUGCCUAUCAUCAAUGCCGAUGGAAUUAUGUGACGGAUGAAGAUGUCAAAGAUGUGGACCGCAAGUUCGACCGAUACCAGAUCCCUUACGAUGUCAUCUGGCUCGAUAUCGAAUACACCGACGGCAAGAAAUAUUUCACUUGGGAUCCUCUUACCUUCCCUAACCCGGAAGGUAUGCAGGGACAACUGGACGAGUCGGAGCGGAAACUUGUCAUCAUCCUGGACCCUCACAUCAAGAAUGAGGCUAACUACCCGAUUGUGGAUGACCUGAAGAGCAAAAACCUUGGUGUCAGGAAUAAGGACGGUGAUCUCUACGAGGGUUGGUGUUGGCCGGGUUCUUCUCACUGGGUCGACUGCUUCAACCCUGCGGCCAUUGAUUGGUGGGCUAGCCUGUUCAAGUACGACAAGUUCAAAGGCACGCUCCGCAACAUGUUCGUCUGGAACGAUAUGAAUGAACCCUCCGUCUUUAAUGGGCCUGAGACCACUAUGCCUAAGGACAACAUCCACUACGGAGAUUGGGAGCACCGUGACAUUCAUAACGUAAACGGUAUGACUCUUGUCAAUGCCACAUAUAAGGGACUUCUGGAGCGGAAGAAGGGUGAGGUGCGUCGACCGUUCGUCCUGACGCGGUCCUUCUACGCUGGAACUCAGCGCCUGGGUGCCAUGUGGACUGGUGAUAACCAGGCUAACUGGGACCAUCUGGCGGCUUCUCUGCCUAUGGUUCUGAACAAUGGUAUCGCCGGAUUUCCUUUCGCCGGCGCUGAUGUCGGUGGUUUCUUUGGUAAUCCUAGCAAGGAUCUCUUGACUAGAUGGUAUCAGGCUGGUAUCUGGUAUCCCUUCUUCCGCGCACACGCCCACAUCGACACCCGCAGGAGAGAGCCUUACCUUGCUGGAGAACCGUACACAGCAAUCAUCUCGCAAGCGAUCCGUCUCCGUUACCAGCUUCUCCCCGCGUGGUAUACGGCCUUCCACGAGGCUUCCGUCAACGGAACUCCUAUUGUCAGGCCUCAGUACUACGUGCAUCCGUCUGAUGAGCAUGGUUUUGCACUUGACGACCAGCUCUACCUGGGAUCCACCGGUCUUCUCGCAAAGCCCGUAGUGACUGAGGGGGCGACCUCGGUGGACAUCUACAUUGCGGACGAUGAGAAGUACUAUGACUACUUCGACUACACGGUCUACCAGGGAGGGCGCAAGAAGCAUAUUGUUCCCGCUCCUCUGGAGAAGGUCCCGCUCCUGAUGCAGGGAGGUCACAUCAUUCCCCGGAAGGACCGUCCCCGCCGUAGCAGUGGAUUGAUGAAGUGGGAUCCGUACACUCUUGUCGUAACCUUGGACAAGAACGGUCAAGCCGAGGGCACUCUCUAUGUUGACGAUGGAGAGACGUUCGAUUUCGAGCGUGGCGCAUACAUCCACCGUCGAUUCUCUUUCAGCGAUUCGACCUUGGCUUCGGAGAAUCUUGGAACCAAGGGUCCAAAGACCGCGGAAUAUCUGAAGGCCAUGUCUGGUGUCCGCGUCGAGAAGAUCGUUAUCGUGGACGCCCCUCAGCAGUGGCAGGAAAAGUCCAGCGUGACUGUGAUCGAGGAGGGAGCGAAAUCCGGUUCCACCGCUCCUCUAGAGUUCCACCUGCAGCAAAAUGGCAAGGCACCAUACGCUAUCGUAAAGAACCCUGGUGUCGGUAUUGGAAAGACUUGGAGGAUCGAGUUCUAGAGUAUGUUCCGUUGUGCGUAUCUUGUGCGUUAUGUUGUACGUCGUAUCCUUUUAUGAAGCGUCUCCGACAGUAA